CAGCAAGAUGUAUUUAACUUUAGUUCUUUGUUAAAAUAGUUCGUACGUCCGUAGUAUUCGAAUUAAAAAAAAAAAAAGAAGAAACGAAAAAAAGCAAAAUGUAUAAUUUGCAAAUUAUUCUUUCGUUCUGUAUGGUUUCCAUGAAUUUGAUACAAAUUCGUGGCCACGGUAUGAUGAUGGAUCCGGUUAAUAGAAGUAGUGCUUGGAAAAAACAUUUUCCUGUUCCUCCUAAUUUCAACGACAAUGAACUUUUUUGCGGUGGCUUUGCGACUCAAUAUGAAAAAAAUUAUGGUAAUUGCGGCGAAUGUGGUGACGAUUGGUCUUUGCCACGACCUAGACCCAACGAAAAUGGCGGUAUUUAUGGAACUGGACUUAUUGUCAAAAAAUACACAGAGGGCCUUCACAUCCAAAUUCAAAUCAAUAUAACCGCCUCUCAUUCGGGACAUUUCGAAUUCUCUAUUUGUCCUCUAAGCAACCCGAAGGAGCUCGAAAUGGACGAAUGCUUUGCUAAAUACCCGGUACAAUUGGCCGAUGGUUCGUAUAAAUAUAACAUCAAAACAUUCGAACCUGAGGUGUAUUCGAUCGAAGCAAUUCUUCCUCAAGGACUUAUCUGUGAGCAUUGCGUCCUUAGAUGGCAUUAUAGAACUGCAAAUAGUUGGGGUGUUUGUGAUGAUGGUUCAGCAAAUAUCGGCUGUGGCGAUCAAGAAAUCUUUAGAAGUUGUUCUGACAUCGCUAUUACCAAGUAAAAUCUAUUUCCUUCCUUCCGAAUUGUCCUAGAUUCUUUCAAACAUCACAAAUAAGAGAAAAAUUAUAUCUGACGAACUAUCUAUGAAGAUCAUUAGCAUAAAUUAUCGUUAACGAUCGUGAAAAUUAUUUGAAGCAUCAGAUAAAAUCUCUACAGAGAAAUUUAAUUGAUUCGACGCUUUUCUUAGAGGAAAAUAAAUAAAUUUAUGUUAAUUUUAUUAUAACAAUUGGAAUGUUGAGACAAAUGUGACGUUAAAAGACUCGUAGUUCUUAUUCAAGAACUAAUUUAAAUUCAGUGAUCGUAGGCGCGAGGCCUCGGACGUGUACGUAGCUUCGACAUUCGUCAUAGGAAAACCGAUGCUAAAACUUGAUGAUUCAACUAAGACAUAAAAUUUCGUAAAGUCUUGAGUAAGAUCAACUUCAAAAGUAAAGUGCGAACAUUCACUCAAUUUGUUGAACCAUAAAAUCAUAUUCUUAGAUAUCGGAUUGAUCUCUCAGGAACACCAUGAUAUAAGAUUAAGUAAUCAAUGUACAACCGACAAGAUUAUUACACUCACGCGUUUAUACUGCUUGCUAACCUAACAGUGAAGUCAGAAAACCCACUUGCUUUUCUUCGCAAAUGAACUCUCCUUCCGAACUUAGAGACCGUCUCAAAUGAUCUCGAUUGAUCUACCGGGUGUUUCCAACGCAUCAUAUCAACCAAGAUCCUCUUAGGUAAACAAAAAAAAAAUAAGAUACAUAAAAAUUGUAUUCUUAUUGUUCAUCUUCCUUCGAAAUCUUCCGAAAGUUUUCGAGCUCAAAUUAUUUCCUGAGUCAUAUUCGUGUGAAGACAAUUUCGUCAGAGUUGCCAACCAGCUGGUCACUUUUAGAACAUGUCGUCAUUGAUUUCGAUCGUUUCCCAUCCGAAAAUCCGCUUACUUAAGAACCUCUUUGCCUAUCUUCAUGCGACACGAUGCGUGCGAAAAAAGGAUUGAAAAGAUGGA